AAGUGGAGCGUCCAUGCGCAACCCAAGACGUACUCCCCCCCUUCCUUUUUUUUAACCCUCCCCCCCGUAUUUAGACACCUAACGCCCCCACCGUGACUCCAAGACUUGCUUCCAUAGAGGCACUCAUGGCGAUGGUGAGACCCAAGUUCGUCGACACGGACCCCAGCUCCACGCCCCCAAAGCUCUCCCUCUACUCUCUUCCAAGCCAACGGCGAAGGCCGGCCGGGAUGGCAACUCCGCCCCUUCGUGUCCCCGUCUCCGUCCCUUUUUCAUGGGAGGAGGCCCCCGGGAAGCCCAGGAAAGAGCCCGGCCUUCGCGAUUCCAGGCCGAGUCCAAGCCACGGAUGGCACCGGGGCUUGGACCUCCCGCCGAGGAUGGUGGUGGAGGAGAUGAGGAGCAACAACUUGUCCUCCAUCGCCGCCGUCCACGACGGGCCAUAUAGUUUGGGCCGGGCCGCCACCUGCUCCUCUUUCUCCUUCGGAGAGAAUCCGGUUAAGAGUAAGGAGAGAGGGGUGUGGUUUUGGAGGAGGGGAAGAGGGAGGAAGGUGAGAAGGGAUAGGAAUUGGGAGAUGAGUUUUAGGGGUUUGAAGGGUUUUAUCAUUUCCCCUUCUCUUUCGUCUUCAUCUCAGUCUUCUGCUGGCUCCAGCGUUGGAGAUGGGGUUGGCAAUGAGGAAGAGGAGGAGGAGGAGGAGGAGGAGGAAGCUAAACAUGACAGGAAGGUCAGAAUUACAAGGUUUAGGAGGACCAAGAGCCUGGCAAGUGUCUCCUCUCAUGCUACCUCUCACCUGUGGGCCGGCAUUUAUGGGAGCCUGAAGCAAUUUGUACCGUGGAGGAAGGAACGAGCGCUCUAAGGUCAUGAACUGUGGGGUACCUGCAUGAUGUGACGCUCGUACGAUCUGUUGGUGGACGGUGAUUUCUGACCCUACGUUGGUUUGGGCAAAAUGUUUUAUCCCAUGUGUGGUUGGACCAUCUUAUGUAACCUUGGUUAGUUUUAUGCAGAGGAGAAACGGGAGCUUGUAAAAUCCCACCAAAAAGUUUGAGUGUUUCUGCUGUUAGUGUAAAAAGAUGAUUUACAUAGACUCCCCCAAUUAUGAAAUUUUAAGAGAAUCAGAAGCAUAUUCUGUUGGAGAGAA